AUGGACCGCGGCAGGAAGCGCGCUCUGUCGCCUUCGGCUGCCACCUUAGCUAAGAAGCAGAAGCUGGAUGCCGAUGACAAGCGUACCAUUCAGAAGGCUAUGGCUCGAUUCCAAGCUCGCGAACGUUCUCAGACUCGGCGCGACGACCUGUCACCGUCAAUGUCGUCAGCUUCUAUGGGGAAGGGAAUGGCGCCUGCUCAAGAGCAAGCUGAGCGCAAGCGCAAUCGGCUCAACAAGAUCACCGAGCUCAACGCGACACGGUCUCCCCUCCUUCGUCUACCCACAGAGAUCAGAGACAUGAUCUACACACAUGUUUUCCGCGAUGAGAUCUACCACCUGGAUCGUGAAGAGUGGCAAGACAAUCAAGCCGUCAAGUUUAAAGCUUGCGCUACCUCUCUGGGCUCCCGAGAAUAUAAGCCUGGGGCAAUUCUUUUCGUUUCUCGCCAAGUCUAUCACGAGGCCGCCUUACUUCCCUACAAGCUCGCGGAGUUCGACUUUGGCAUCGCAUUCGCUGAUGACGAUACUAUGGAAUCUAGACUUUCGGCCAUCAAGCAUUUCCUGGAAGAGAGAUCACAAGCGCAGGUUGGCAGCAUUGGUCUCAUAGAGUUGCUUGUACUCGAGGACGCAUCGUGCAGGAUUAAGCAGUGGGGUACGACGAUAAAGAACGGGAUAUGGUGGGCUACGGAGCUGGGCUGCGAUGAUCCUUAG